AAACUUGUGGAAGACGUUCGAUUUAGCAUUCUCUCAAGUCAUUAGUCAAUGGUCCCUAACAGGCCAACUGUCUACACAUUUAGUCUUUCUUCGCGGGACAACAUUGAUUGAAUUACUACGAAACAUCCCUUAUAUAUUACUAGAUCCCCAGGAAACUAUGGAAACAAGUAAGCAGCUAAACAGAUAAAGCAAUGGCUAUAUUUCACCGUGCUCGUGUUUCUUUAGUAUUUUAUGUUCUCUUCAUCUUUGUACUUCCACUCAAUAUAACUUCAUCUCCAGAAUCUGAAGGAGAAGCUCUUGUCAAAUGGAAGAACACUUUAGUACCAUCUACUAGACUCCUUUCUUGGCCCCUAGACUCUUGGUCCCUAGAAAAUCUCAAAUACCUUUGUGACUGGAAUGGCAUCACCUGCAAUACUGCAGGAACAGUUUCCAAACUCAAUAUUACUGUACCGAGAUACGUCUCCUACAAGGCACUCAAUCCCGAUCAGCCAAUCACCGGAAGAGAUUUCCCCUUUUCUGGUACACUUGCAUCCUUCAAUUUCUCUUCACUUCCAAACCUCAUUUCGUUGGAAAUAAGCAACAACCAUCUUUCAGAUAGUAUUCCAGUAGAGAUUGGAAAUCUAACCAAACUUGAGUACUUGAGCUUUGAACACAACGGUUUAAGUGGUACCAUUCCUUACCAAAUUAGUUAUCUUCAGAAGUUAAGGUAUCUUAACUUGGGAGAAAACAGCUUCAUUAAUGCUAACUGGUCCAUGUUCUUCAACAUGUCAGAUUUGACAUCCCUCUCCUUCCACUCAAAUCAACUUGCUUCAGAAUUUCCAGCUUUUGCAAUCACUUCUAGGAACUUGACUUUUCUUGAUUUGUCAUCGAAUAAGUUGACAGGCUCCAUACCUGAGUCAGUGUUUACCCAUUUGGUUAAUCUUGAAUACCUAGAUCUUAGUGGUAAUUUAUUUGAAGGACCAGUACUCAGAAAUAUUUCCAAGCUUUCUAAGCUAAAAUAUUUGGACCUGGAAUCAAAUAAUUUCUCGGGGUCUAUUCCUGAAAGUAUUGGUCUUCUACAUAAUCUCGAAUUUCUUAAUUUGGGUAAAAAUACAUUUGAAGGAAGUAUUCCUCCUGAGCUUGGAUGGUGUACCAAACUCAAUAUCUUGGAUCUAUCUGAGACUUCGCUCACUGGCCUUCUCCCUUUAUCCUUGUCAAAUCUUACACAGAUGUCUGAGCUAUACCUAUCGGAGAAUCAUCUUUAUGGUCAGCUCUCGCCUCAUGUUGUCAGCAACUGGACCGAGCUAAGGAUAUUGGACAUUAAAAACAAUACCUUGAGCGGUAAUAUUCCUCCUGAAAUUGGUAUGCUGACAAAUCUUAAAAAGCUCGAUAUAACUAGUAAUAGUCUUACAGGAGACAUUCCGAGAGAGAUUGGAAAGUUGAAAGGGCUGGAGAAGUUAUACCUCUCAGGAAACCAUCUAGCAGGUCCAAUUCCAGCAACAAUUGGAAACCUCACCAAUUUGCUAGACUUAUAUUUGAACUUCAAUAAUCUUACUGGAACUAUUCCACCUGAGAUUGGGAACUCAACGCUGCUGGAUUUUUUUUAUGCCAACAAUAACCAGUUGAAUGGAAAAUUGCCUGAUUCCAUUGCCAAUUUAAGUAGCUUGCGGGUACUUUUCCUUUAUUCCAACAGGUUUUCUGGUAGCAUUCCGAAGGACUUGGGAAAGUAUACUGCUAGGUUGUCUCAUGUUGAUUUAUCAAAGAACAACUUCUCUGGAGAAAUUCCUUCAACACUUUGCAAAGCGACUUCCCUUGAGACUCUUGAUUUGUCGGAUAACGGCUUAGGCGGCACAAUUCCACACAGUUUGGGAGAUUCCAACAUUAGACUCUCUGUAGUGGAUCUUCAUAAUAAUCAACUUCAAGGGAGAAUACCACUAACCUUCAAAAAGAGCUGCCAGUUGACAACUUUCAACAUAAACAGUAAUAAUAUUGAAGGAUCGGUAUCCCUUGCCUUGGCCAACUGUACGCAGUUACAGAUUCUUGAUUUUGGGAACAACAAGUUGAAAGACACAUUUCCAUGGUGGCUAGUAGCUCUUCCGGAGCUACAAAUCCUUGUGUUGCGUUCUAAUAGACUGCAUGGUAACUUAAGUGUUGACAAUAUAAAGCAUCCAUUCCCCAAAUUGCGUAUCAUGGAUAUCUCUCACAAUCGAUUCAGUGGCAACCUGCCAAUCAACUUUUUUGAUAACUUCAAAGAUAUGGCAGAUUCAGAUCGAGACAUCGGAUUGAAUACAACAAACAUAGAUGGUUCAUAUUACGAAGCUUCUAUUUCCUUAGUUGUCAAGGGAAAGAAUCUUGAAGUGACGAAAAUUCUUUAUAUAUACACGAGUAUAGAUUUAUCAAGCAACAAGUUCACUGGCGUUAUUCCAAAAGUCCUUGGAGAACUUAAAUCACUCCGGCUGCUCAACCUUUCUGAUAACAACCUUACAGGACAUAUACCAUCAAUGCUGGGAAAUAUGGGUCUUCUUGAAUCUUUAGAUCUGUCUUUAAACCAGUUGACAGGAAGGAUUCCUAGGCAAUUGACCAGUCUGACAUUUCUUGCAUUCUUGAACCUUUCUGCCAACAAUCUUUCGGGAUCAAUUCCACAAGGCAGGCAAUUCGACGCAUUGAGCAAUGAUUCAUAUCUAGGUAAUCCGGCCUUGUGUGGAAUUCCUCUGUCCAAGAAGUGUAAAUAUGAUGAGUUGCCAAAACAAGAAGUUAAUGAUGAUAAUGACGAUGAUUGGUUUGAUUGGAAAAUGAUCCUGUUCGGGUAUGGAAGUGGAUUGAUAGGCGGGUUGUCCACGGGAUAUAUUGUAUUCACAACCGGAAAGCCUUGGCGAUUUGUAAUGUUUGUCGAAAAAGUUCAGCAAAAGUUGAUCAGAAGAUAGAUGAGGAGGACUUCACAUCAUGUUUUUUCUUUUUCACUUUGAUCAGAUAUCUGUUGCAUUGAAAAAUUUACUAUUGUAGUAAUGAUAUAUUCUACUAUAUCUU